CCAGAGGGUGAGGACAGUCAUUACCAUCUUUAAAAGUCCUUCAGGUCCUAAUCCCAUGGCUGCCCCUGAGCCGCGCCCCCCCGCGACGCCCCGGCCGCGGCGCUGGAGACUGGUGGGCAUCUCGGGCGUGUCGGGCGGCGGCAAGACCACGCUGGCGCGGCGGCUGCUGUCCGCGCUGCCGACGACGGCGGCCUACCUGAGCCAGGACCAGUACAUCCUGCCCGACGCCCACCCCGCCCACCCGCCGGCGCCGCCCCCGCUGCCGGGCCUCAACAAGGACACCCUCCGCAGCGUGGACGCCGCCAGGAUGGAGGCGGACGUGCGGCGGUUCCUGGCGGCGGAGGCGCCGGCGCUCGAGCCCGAGGACGCGCCCUUCCUGGCCGAGCGGAGGGCCUUCGUCGGGUCGGCGCUCACGGCCCCGAACCCCUUCGUCGGGCGGCGGCGCGAGGCGGAGGCUCUGCCGCCGGUGCUGCUCCUCGAGGGCUUCCUGCUCUUCGGCCACGGCUUCCUCGCGACGGCGUGCGACCUGCGCUUCUUCCUCACGCUGACGAAGGAGCAGUGCCGGGCGCGGCGCGGUCGGAGGGCCUUCUCGACGUCGGGCAUGGGCAGCGGCGAGUACUUCGAGGCGUGCGUGUGGCCCGCCUACGAGAGCUACCUGAAGGAGGUCGCGGCGGACGUCGAGGGCGUGCAGUUCCUUGACGGCGCCGCCCCGCCCGACGCCCUCUUCCAGAAGGUCUUCGAGAGCGUCAUGGAGCUCCUUCAGUCGCCGGAGGAGGCGGAG